UCUCUCUCCUACAACCGUAUUUCUUCAACUUCUGAUUUAUAGAGCUUACUUGAUCACUGGCAAAACUUCGAAAUUAUCCAAGAACAACAGUAGUUUUCUUGUUGGUUACUUGGUUUUUUUCCUUUAUAAUUAGGGUUUUGGGUUUGAAAUGUCAUCAAUUUUACGUAGUUAUAGUUUGAUUUCCUUAGUAUUUGUUGUGUUUGAUCUUCAUACAUGCAAAUGUUUGUAAAAUUGUGUUAUUUUUCUGUUUAGUCUUGAUUGUGAGAGGAAAAUGGGGUAAUUCUGUUUAAGGGAGAGAAUUUUCGUUUUAACAAAAUUCCCAGGUUUAAGAACAUGAUGUUUCAGAACAUGCAAAGAUUUAAAAAUGAUGUUUCAGUUCUUGUAUGAGAAUUUGUCCCUACUUAGUGUCAUUAUUCUGAAUUUUGGCUAACCUCAUUUGAUUAAUUAAUUUAAAUUAUGGGGUAUACUUUGCUAAGUUUAGUGUUUUAGUCCUGGGAAUCUACCCCUUUAAACUUCUGUGGAGAAGAAUUUUGGUUUCAAACCCUGGUUCGCAAUUGCUGUCUGUACCUACCGUUUUGCUGUUUUGGUUUUGUGUAAAAUCAAACAUUUUUGUGGGAUUUUGAUGGCUUGGAUGUAUGUCUCUAUGAUGAUGCGGUUCAAUUAGGACAUGAUGGUUUCCAUGUAUUGUCGAAUUUAGUUUACCCGUUCUUGACAUAGUUUGACGCCUGAACCAUGGAAAUUUUAUUGUAUAUGUGCUUACAUAGAAAUUUCUGUUUGAUAUAUCUGGAAUACUUUGAUGCUAAAGCAUUGCAAUGUUAUAAACUAUUGAUUAUUCAACAAUUAAACAUGUUCCAGAGCAUACACUUCAUUAGGGAUCUUUGGUCUUCGGUCUCUUUGAAAUGUCUAAACCUCUGUGCAUAUAAUAAUUUUAAGAGUUUAGUAUAGUUCUCAACUUGAUCAAGUGCUACCUGUUGAUAUAUAGGAAUUAAAUUCCCAUAGGAAGUUUGUUUUCAUGGGAAGUUACUUCCUUCGUGAACUUCCCAGGAAAUGGCAUAGUAUUGUUUGGUUGCACUAAUGAAUUUACAUUUCCUAGGAAAUGAGAUAGGAAUUGUGACUUACCAAGGGGAUGGUGGGCAAGCCACUUCCCAUGUCCCAUGGGAACUCCAAAUUCCUAUGAUGUUCUACUUCCCCUAUCUUAUUAAUUUCAUGCCAACCAAACAACAUGACAUAUGUGCAUUUCCUAGUGUUAAGUGACAGAAUUCGUCGAAUUUUUCAAUGGCGUAUGUUGCACCACACAAACGGCUGUCAAAGACCCAAGAGGCCCCACCUCCCAUGCCUGUGCUUCCCAACUUUGAGAAGAGUCUAAAUCUGAAUUCAUCAAGAUCAGGUUCUGAUAAGAGGAUGGAUAAGAAACCUUCACAUUUGAAUCGAAUUGUAUAUGCUAGUGGCUCUAUAUCAAGAUGGCUAGCAGUUCCAUCAAUAGAUGUUGUGCAGCUGCAGCUUCCGACUUUAUUAAGCUUGGUUCCAUCUACCUUUGAAUCUCCAUUGUCUAAGCCUGGGGAUAAAAUGUUAACCUGACAGUCACAACCAGAACACCAUGGCAUUAAGAGCGGUCACUUGGAGCAAAUGUGGACAUCAGUUGCUGAAACUGUGCAUGCAGAUCUUCUUUCAGCUUUUCAGAAUAUAAGAAAUGAACCAGUGGAUCAAAAUUCGGAAGAAAUCAGGACAGCGUUUGUUGCGCGAUUUGGGAAAGUGGUUUUUCGUCGGAAUCCUUCACACAACCUAGCUUUUAUCAAGGAAAAUUCAGUUUCUGAAUCAGAUGUACUGCAACUGAGAAGAAUGUUCUAUACUAAUCUUCCUGUAGAAUACACGGAGCACGUUAAAAUUGCGGCUGUCCCUGAGCUUGGUGUUCAUUUUGAAGGAGAAAAAGAGCUUUAUCAUGUAAAGAUGGCUGAUGCUAAACGACCCGAUUCAGAAAUAUCUUGCAAAUGCAGAGUCCAUAAAGAUGAACAGAAACUUGAAGUCUACAAGAUUGAGUUAAACCCAGUACGCUAUCUGGUUGUAGAUACGUCGUGCCUUACAAAUAAUGUGGACCUAAGGUUGGCGCUAUGCACAAACAAGUUCUUAAUAGCUCUCCAGGAUGAAGAAAUGCAAGAAAUAAGGAGUCUUAUUAGUUCAGCGAUUUUCGACCCAAAUGUGAAAGGUGGUCUUAGGUGGUCUUUAGGGAAAGGUAAUUCUGGAGGCCAGUACAGUGUUGUUGGUGUGUGGCACACCAAGGAAGACAUUUUCCGUAACCCGUUUAUGAAGCUAAGAGUGAGAGAAGCUGAUCGAUAUGAUUUCCGUACUUCAAAGGGUGAAGUUACAAGGGAAGUUGUUCUUCAGCUGACACAGAUAAAGAACCUACUGGAGAAGGGAAGUUAGGCGACCAUGCUUGAAGAUGCACUGAAAUUGAUUGAGAAAAACUUCCUAGCAUGGGAGGGUAGUCUGCACUCUGUAGUGAAUCAGUAACAAACUAAGUAAUAUUGCGUAUUCUCAGUUAUGUAAAUUUGGUUCUUUAAUGUUAGCAACUGAGGAGCAUAACAGUCCAUCUCACCGCGUAGUUUUAUCUCGUACAACUUUUCUAACUUCCUACGGAGUAUUUUGUAGCUUACUCUCCUAGCAUUUACGAGGACAAAGGUUAGUUUAACGUCCUCUAGCUUCUAGGUUGAUAUCGAGAUGAGAUUGUUAGGUUAUGAUACAUAUGACAAUUCAUAAAUCAUGCGGAAAAAACCAUUUAGCCAGGAAUACAUAUUAUUUACACAUA